AUGUAUUACUUUAAUCAAUUUUUACAGCAUACAAAAUAUAUUUUACCACAUGCAGCACGAUUUUGUCUAGUUAGUACAUUUAUUGAAGAUGGUAUUCGUAUGUACAUGCAAUGGAAUGAACAGCGUCAGUAUAUUAUGUCAAGUUGGGGAGUCGGCUGGUUUAUUGGUACGCUGUUUGUUAUCAUUAAUUUAUUUGGACAAUUAAUCCCGUGUACAAUGAUUUUAUUACGUAAAAAAACUGAAUAUGCUUGUGGAGUACUUUUUUUCAUUAUUGCAUUUCAAGUAGUUGGCUAUAAAACUCUGUGGAGUUUUCGUUAUUCAUUAAAGUCAUGCGCAUUAGUCGGUGGAUUAAUACUACUAUUGGUUGAAAAUCGUAAAGAAGGUCGAACUUUAUUUGCUGGUGUACCAACAAUGCAUAAUAAUGCACCGAAAAAUUACAUGCAGUUAACUGGUCGUGUACUCCUCGUUAUCAUGUUUUUGACAAUUGUCCGUUACGAUAUAUCAAUAUCAUCUAUAAUUCAAAAUUUAAUCGGUGGAAUAUGUAUAUGUUUUGUGGCAGUUGGUUUUAAAACAAAAUUAUCGGCCAUGUUUUUGGUACUCUAUUUAAUAUGUAUCAAUGUUUAUGCUAAUAGUUUCUGGUUAGUGCCAAAUACUCGUGCAUUACACGAUUUUUUAAAAUAUGAUUUUUUUCAAACAAUGUCCGUCAUUGGAGGUUUAUUAUUUGUGGUGGCAUUGGGACCCGGCGGUGUAUCAGUUGACGCAAGAAAGAAAGAAUGGUAG